AUUACUCUGACUUCUGGUAUGUUUUACUUAAAAUUCUGUUCCAUCGGGCUUCAAGUCUUAUGAUUAGGUAAAGAAAACAACUUCAACCCAGUAAGAGAUUCACAUUUUGUUGUGAAUGCAAAACCAUUCUAAUGCUGAUACAAACAAAUAAGUAAUGUUUCCAGGGAUUCUGGGAACAUCUAAAGGCCAAGAUCUUGGCACAGCAUUACAGAGCAAACAAGGAGCUAAAGCUUCAGCAGUGAUCAUAUUCAAUGAAGACAUCAUUGUCAGUACCCUCUAAAGGUCUGUUUGAUUUGGAUCAGCACAGACGGUGUUUUUAAAACAGCCCCAGGAAUAGUACAGAGUGCUUACCCAGCUAUAGAAAAUUAAACAGGAAUAUAUCCUGAAAAGGGGUUUUUUCAGGGAAACAAAAAAAUCUGAUUGCGCUUCAACAACGUAACAUACAUUUGAUGGAAAUUGUAUGUAUUCAAAAGAUUAGCUCACACCAUAUUGAAAAUAGAAAAAGUGGUGAUGCCACAUGAGAAGGACAAGUAGUAGCAGUUCCAACACUGUAAAUGUGAAGCCAACAAUUUUUGGCCUGAAAGUGGAGUUGUCUGACUCUUUGCUACAGAUCCAAAGUUAGGGGUGAUGGUUAAUUUUCAAUACAGACACUGUGGUAAUAUUAGAAAGUUGGGUUGACAAGGUUGGGAAAGUUACAAGAUAAAGGUCAAGGCACAAAGGCACAUAAUUGGGCCAUACUCCUAUCCCAGUGAGCCAGCGUCACAGAGCAACUGCAGAGUUGCAAGUCUUCUUGUAUAUAGUUGCCUUUAGAUGAGGAUAAAAGUAUAAUAAAAGAUAAAUAGAAAUGCACCAAAUCUAAGCUUUAACCCUUUCAAAACUUUGUUUAGGAUUUGUUAUAAUUCUCAUAUAAGUAGCAGAGGGCGAUGUACAAUAGAUGGAAACGGCAUUUUUUUUUUUAAACGGAUUCUCAUUCUGUCUUCCAGGCUGGAGUGCAGGAGUGUAAACUUGGUUCACUGUGACCUCUGCCUCCUGGGUUUAAGCAAGUCUUCUAUCGCAGCGUCCCAGGUAGCUGGGCCUACAGGCCUGCACAACCAUGCCUGGCUAAUUUUUUAUUUUUAGUAGAGACGGGGUUUUACCAUAUUGGUCAGGCUGGUCUUGAACUGCUGACCUUGUGAUCCGCCCACCUCAGGCUCCCAAUGUGCUGGGAUUACAGAUGUGAUCCACCAUGCCUGGCCAGAAAUGGCAUAAAAUCUUAUUAUUAAGUUCAUUGUAUAAUAAACAUUGCAAACUAGUAAAUGGAGAUUAUGUCCUGUUUUUAAAAUAACAGUCAUAAUCAUCUAUUUAGAAGUGUUACCUGAAAGUAUUUGUUGGAGUGUAACGUUUUAAAGAAAGUACUUGAUAUUUUUCUCAGCUAAGUGAAAUACUCCCUUAGGUAGUUGAACUGUUGAAGGUAUCUUUAAUUCCAGUGGUUGUUCACAUAUAAAUGUGUGUGAUUAAAACUGAAAGGAGAACACUGCUCAGAAAAUCAGACCCAGUUUUCUCAUCCUUGGAUUAUGGUGUUUAUGGGACCUAAAUGAAUCACCCAUUACCCUGGAUGCUUGCAUAUUAUCUAAGACACAAGAAGUCAAGGCCAGGAGUGAUGGCUCAUGCCUGUAAUCCCAGCAGUUUGGGAGGCAAAGGCAGACAGGUCACUUGAGACCAGGAAUUCAAGACCAGCCUGGACAACAUGGCCAAACUCUAUACCUACUAAAAAUACAAAAAUUAGCUGAGUAUAGUGGCACACAUAGGUAAUCGCAGCUACUUAGGAGGCUGAGGCAUGAGAAUCACUUGAAUCUGGGGGGUGGAAGUUGUAGUGAGCUGAGAUCAUGCCACUGCAUUCCAGUCUGGGCAACAAAGUGAGAAACUGUCUCAAAAAAAAAGCAAAAAAGCAUUCCCCAUAAUGCCCUAGCAUGCCAGAACUUGAACUGAAAAACUGUAAUAGUGUGUCCAUUGAGGAUUUUGAGGCUAGGGUAAAAGAUGGAAAGAGUAGAAUCUAAUUAUGGUGUCUCCCCUCAAAAUAGGUUUUGAAAGUAAAAGGGGAACACACAAUUGUUUUAUUUUUAACCAUGCCUUUAAAAGUUAUUAUAGGCCUGCGCGGUGACACAUGCCUGGAAUCCCAGCCCUUUUGGAGGCUGAGGCAGGUGGAGCACUUGAGUCCAAAAGGUUAAGACAUUCCAGGGCAACGUGGUGAAACCUCAUCUCUACAAAAGAAAUACAAAAAUUAGCCAGGCAAGGUGGCAUGCACCUGUAGUUCUAGCUACUCAGGAGGCUGAGGCAGGAGGAUCCCUUGAGCCUCGGAGGCAGAGAUUGAAGUGCUGUGAUUGCACUGCUGCACUCCAGCCUCCGUGACAGACUGUCUCAAAAAAAAAAAAAGUUAUAAAGAAAUCAAGUGCUUUUAAGAAGUACUCUUGCAAAAGCUGUAGAAACUUUAAAGAGGAUUGUUUAUAAAUGGAAAACGAUCUAUUUAUCAAAAAGCUAGGAUUCUUUUGAUUGUUAAAAGCCAGUCUAACAGGUGAAAGAAAGUUUUCAAAAAAGCUCAUUCUUAGAAACAUAAAAAACUAGAGUUCAAUUUAUCCAGAGCUUAAAACAAGCAAGUUCACUGAUAGAGAAUACUCGUACUGUUUUUAUUUAGAAUGUCGUAAUUUUCCACUAAAAUUAUAGCAUAUUCAUUCAACAUGUGGAUUGUAUCUAUACAGUUAAGUUUCUCCUUCAGUGAUUAGAAUUUUAGCUAACCUAUGCAGUCUCCUGUGUCCACCUGGAGGCCGUUCCUCCACUUGCAGGAUUGUGCUUAGACUGAUUGUCAAACUGUGGGUCAUGAAGUCAGUUGAGUGGGAUUUGACCAGCUUUUUCUUAACGAAAUAGAAUUAAAAAUACCACAAUGGACUGGGUGCCGUGGCUCACACCUAUAAUUUGAGCACUUUGAGAGGCCGAUCACCUAAAAAACACAAAAAUUAGCCAGGCGUGGUGGCAGGCGCCUGUAAUCCUAGCUAGUCAGGAGCCUGAGGCAGAGAGAAUUGUUUGAACCCAGAGGUGGAGGUUGCAGUGAGCCAAGAUCAUGCCACUUUAGCCUAGGCAACAGAGCGAGACUCCAUCUCUAAAAGAAGAAAAAGAAAAAAAUGCGUUCAAGUAACAAGGGUAAGUAUUGUUUCAUGGAACCUUCAGUUUCAUUUCAUAUGUGUGUGUAUGCACAUAUGCAUGUGUGUAUAACGUGAUACUUGUGUAUGUAAAGACAUUGAUAAAUGUGUAUACUGAGUCACAAUAUAAAAUUUACUCAUUGUAGAUCAUAGUAAAAAAUAAAUUUGAAACACUGGUUUAGGAGAAUUUAACACCAGGCUGGGUGUGGUGGCUCACACCUAUAAUCCCAGCACUUUGGGAGGCCAAGGCAGGUGGAUCACUUGAGGUUGGGAGUUCAAGACCAUCUGGGCAACACAGCAAAGCCUCAUCUAUACUAAAAAUACAAAAAUUAGCCAGGCAUGGUGGCACACACCUUUAAUCUGAGUCACUCAGGAGGCUGAGGCUCAAGAAUUGCUUGAACCUGGGAAGCGGAGAUUGCCAGUGAGCCAAGAUCAUGCCACUGCACUUCAGCCUGGGUGACAGAGUGAUACUCUGUGUCAAAAAGAAAAAAAAAAAACACCAAAAACGUCAGUAAGGAAUCAUCCAGUGUUAACUGUCACAACUAAUCUAGUUUAAGAAACAAAGAAACAUGUCUAUACUAAACAAGUGACUUGAUUAAUGUCACAAAGGUAGUAACAGCACUGAGACUAGGACAUAGCUUCUUGGCUCAACUUGGUAGUUUUCCCACUUCAGUCCCAGUUGUAUGAAAACAGCUACAUUCCACCAUCAUCUCUAUGGCACAUUAAAGUCCUCAAGUAAUGCAGCCAUUUUAAAAUUAGGAUAAACUUGCCUAGAGGUAAAUGAUGUGUAACGUUAACUAUGUUGCAGGAAAUUGUUGAAAAACCAUACAUUGAACUGUCCCCUCUCCUUCAACCCUCCAGAAUAUAAUUUGUCCCCCUUUUAGACUGGGAUAAUUGUAUCCCUGGCUUUUUGACUGAGAAUGUCUCUACCCAUUCUGGACUUAGGAAUAUAUACCCAAAUUAAAAGGUUUUAGUGUGACAAGAAAAAAGUCACUUUGAAAUCCAGGAACUUAUUAACAUAAAUUACAUUCCCGCUGAAUCAGCUGCUAGAAGCUCAAUUUGAAAAAUAUUGCACUAGUUUAUAUAUUUCUUCCCCCUCUUAAGUAGACAUCAAAACACAAUCAUACUUUUAUAUUUUGGAGAAAGAAAUAUGUCCCAGCUCCACUGGAAUUAGACUUUACCUUCCAGAAACGGAGUCCACCCUGUGUUGGUAUUCAUGAUUCUUCUCUUUGGUUUAGCCACUUUAUUUAAAAUGCUACAAGUCCACAGGGGAGAAACCUCUUUGCAGGCCUAGGUGUCUGAUUUUCUAAAUGUGAACCUUACAUAUUCAAUGUGUAGGUGAUGGUGAUUUCUCCCAAAUUUGACUCUUGGUUCUGAUGUACGAUUUGUGAAAAUAUACACCGUAGUAAAAAUAGUAAUAAUAAUAGCUGUUAUAACAGUCUUGGUGAGGUGACAUUUGUCAUCCACUGAAUUGCUUCACCAAAAUUUCCUUCAUUUACUCUCAGAAUUAGAAGUAAUUUGGCCCUUCGUAUUUAGGAGGCAACUAAGUUUGGCACCUCUCAUGAAAUGAAAAUCCCCUUCUGAUGUGACCUCACAAACCAUGCUACAUGCACUUCGUGCAUUUGAUAAAGAUGUAUAGAUAUACAGAUGACCUAGUUCACAGGGUUGGCUUUUACUAGGACAGAACUUUUCCUUUUUCAUUCGUCCCUUGCUGAAUAGUUGAUUUAAAGAGCCUAAACCUGGGAAAUAACAUGAGCUCACUUGUACCAAGAAAAUGUGUGAACUUUAUUUUAUGGGAUCGCAUAAAAGAUAAAGAAAAGAACUUUAUUUUAUGGGAUCGCAUAAAAUCCUGUAAUUGUGCUUAUAUUGUCAUGUGAAACAUGUGACCUGCAUAUAAUUUGGAUACAAUAGAUAUUCUAUUUUCCUUUUUUAUUAUCAUGCACCUGGAUGAAGUCAACACCUUAACACCUUCAUCUCUUUAAAAAAAAACAAAACAAAACAAAAAAACGGGGUUUCACCAUAUUGAUCAGGCUGGUCUUGAACCCCUGACCUCAGGUGAUCCGCCCGCCUUGGCUGCCAAAGUGCCUGGAUUACAGGCAUGAGCCACCACGCCCGGCCAACACCUUCAUCUCAUCUCUUAAAAGCUCCCAUAGCCAUGUGCCAUCUCUUGUGGGAAGUCACUAUGACUUACCUCCCAGGAAAAGGGAUAACUGUAGUUUAUAUUGCUUGCACAAAGAAGCACGUGCAAGGAUGUGGGUCUAGAGUGUUCAUUUUUCCCCAAAAGAGCAAAGAGCCAGCCCAGUGGCUUACGCCUGUGAUCCCAACACUUUGGGAGGCAAGGCAGGUAGAUCAAGAGGUCAGGAGAUCGAGACCAUUCUGACCAACAUGGUGAAACCCCGUCUCUACUAAAAUACAAAAAAUUAGGCCAGGCGUGGUGGCUCAUGCUGGUAAUCCAGGCACUUUGGAGGCCAAGGCGGGCAGAUCACCUGAGAUCGGGAAUUCAAGACCAGCCUGACCAACAUGGUGAAACCCCGUCUUAAAAAAAAAAAAAAAUACGGUUCCAAGGCCUCUAUGUGCCCACAGAGUAGCCAUCAUGAGCAAAGCUCACCCUCCCGAGUUGAAAAAAUUUGUGGACAAGAAGUUAUUGAAAUUAAAUGGUGGCAGACAUGUCCAAAGAAUAUUGCGGGGAUUUGAUCCCUUUAUAAAUCUUGUGAUAGAUGAAUGUGUGGAGAUGGCGACUAGCAGACAACAGAACAAUAUUGGAGUGGUGGUAAUAUGAGGAAAUAGUACUAACAUGUUAGAAGCCUUGGAACGAGUAUAAAUAAUGGCUGUUCAGCAGAGAAACCCAUGUCCUCUCUCCAUAGGGACUGUUUUACUAUGAUGUAAAAAUUAGGUCAUGUACAUUUUCAUAUUAGACUUUUUGUUAAAUAAACUUUUGUAAUAGUAAAAAAUAAAAAUACAAAAAAUUAGUCGGGCGUGGUAGUGCACACUUGUAGUCCCAGCUACUCGGGAGGCUGAGGCAGGGGAAUCCCUUGAACCCAGGAAGCAGAGGUUGCAGUGAGCCGAGAUCACGCCGCAACACUCCAGCCUGGUGACAGAGCAAGACUCCAUCUCAAAAAAAAAAAAAAAAAAAAAAGAGCAAA